GGUUAUGACAUAGAGUUUAUGUGUGACAGAUGUCUCACGAUCAGGACAGCAAAUUACCGGGCUUCUACACAUACCAUGUCACUAAUCCUACCGAAACUAUCACUCAGGCGCUAGCUACAGCAGCACGGGCAAAGAGAGCCAAUAGUAACGGUACAGGCAUGACUACCAUCAAGAUGGAGGACCCGUACAAGACCAAGUCUGGUUUAAGCAGUACUAUAUCACAGUUCCUGGCUAAGCUGUGGAGGCUUGUUAAUGACGAGGAGACGGAUGAUAAAAUCUGCUGGAGUGAGGACGGCCUUAGUUUCAUUGUAAGAGACCAAGCUUCCUUUUCGAUGGAACUCCUACCCCGUUACUUCAAACAUCACAACUUUUCCAGCUUCGUCCGUCAACUAAAUAUGUACGGGUUCCGGAAAGUAGUAAACACGGAACACGGAGGAUUGCGGUGUAUUAAGGACGAUUAUCAGUUCGUCAACAAGAACUUCUGUAGGGACAAGCCAGAACUGCUGGAACUCGUUAAACGGAAGCCCUCUUCUACUGGACACCCUGGUUUGCAUCACAGCAGCAAAGAAACAGAUGAGAACAUUGCUUCAACUUUAAAGAAAGUACUGACGGAAGUUCAUCACCUUAGAAAAGACAACGAUCGCAUUAGACACUCCUUUGAAAAACUGAAAGAGGAGAACAAUAAGUUGUUUACUGAAGUUGAGAAUCUCAACGACAAAAACAACAACCAGUCAAUCAUCAUACAGAAAAUAAUCAAGUUUAUCUGGAGCCUCGUUCACCAGCAAAACAGCUUACAGAACCAGACACGUAAGAUGAUAGAAAAUGGUGAGGCAGCUAGUGGGUCACAGUUAAAUGACAUGAUGGCUAGCACUAACUGGACGGAAGAGCAACGUUCCCAGCCUGUAUCCCCUGCUCCUCGUAGUCCCUCCAGGAUAAACGAUCGUGUUAGCAAGAUGGGUAAUGACCUGCAGUCCCUCCAAAACCUGCUGUCUCAGAACUUCCCCUACGAUAAUGAUGUAGUGAACGAUUUGUUCGAGUACUCCUCUGAGUAUGUCUCUCCAGCCAUGUCCCCUGCUCCAGGUAGCAGUUACGGAGGCUCCGCCCCCGCCUCCCCUGGACCAUCUGGAUUAAGACAGGCUGCUGAUGCUUCUCCAAACUUUAACGUUCAGUACCAAGACGAUACAGUACCUGCCACAAUGAGCAUGGCCUCCCCGAGCUACAUACAGCAUCCUUCAUCUCCUGCUACAAACCAGAGACAAACCAGUCCUUGUAGAAGUCCAGUUCAGACACCUCCUCCGCUCCAGCAACGCUCGCCUCACAUGUCACCUCACGUUUCACCUCAUGUGUCUCCACAUGUUUCCCCUCAUGUUUCCCCUCAUGUUUCCCCUCACGUGUCUCCGUACGUGUCUCCACACAUCUCCCCUCACGUCUCACCGCAUAUGUCUCCCCACACCAGCCCAGCACACUCUGGCUCUUAUCAGCAGGCGCAGAUGAGUAGCUACGUGUCGAACCAAGCGAGCACGGUGUACGCCCAGCAGGGAGUAGCAGGGAUGCAACAGAACACAUCCCCUGUCAGGGCUCAGUAUCCUGGACAGUUUGAUACCUACAGUCGGAGCCCUGGAAAACAACCCUACUCCACUUAUGUUGCUGAUAGAGGAGGAAUGACUAGCACGGAGAAUGUAGUAAAGAAACCUAAGUUGAGUGCUUACACACAGAACAUACAGUGGGACGAGGAUUCUGAAGAGGAUGAUGACGAUGCAAAGAUAGAUCCCACAUCCUUCUUCAGCAAGUAGAGAAUAACGGCUACUCGACAAUAUUGGCUUUAUUAAGCUAUAAUUGGCUAUUAAUUAAAGUGGAAAUUAAUUAAGGUUCUUCCGCUCAAGAACACUGAUAAGAUUAAAGAUAUCGCGUGUUGUGGUUGAGGACAAUUUAUUGGUUGUCGAUCAAUUUGCACAGUGCAUGUACUGCUUCCUUAUUUUUGGACAGAAAAAUAUUUUUAUAUUUUAAGGCAAUUAAUUUAUUAUCUAUUUUAGUACAGGAUUGAUAUUGGUACUGAUUAACUUAAUGUAUAUAUCCAGUCAAGUGGACAACUGCAGCCGUGCUCAUAUGAUAAUUAAUAUUAAUUUAUAGGCUUUUAAUCACCGGCUGAAAACUGGACAUUGUUUAAAAUUAUGGUACGAUUCUUAGUUCAACCUUUAAAUAGGUUAUUUAUCAGUCGGAUUUGAGCUCAUCGAUAGAAUACAACUGAUCAAAAGUCUGUUUUAGUGUAAGAUUUAGGAGAACCGCGAACUAAACUUAGAUUUGUGCAGAUGUCAUCAUGAUACACCUUCAGUAUCUUGAUGACACAUAAAACCUCUAUAUUCUGGUAUGAUGGAGAAGAAUCCUACUUAAUAUUAAAGUUUCUUUCUAUUGAUGGGCUCACAAAAUUAUCAUUUGGUCGCAACUGGACUGCGACCCACGGUAUUUUUAGCACACCGCCUUGAACUGUCGCAUCUUUGAUCAUUAUGUUAACAGAACUUAGAAUAUGUACUAUCAGCAUAGUUAGCAUUUUCAUUUAUUCGUUUGAUACUGGAAUUGUUCGAUCGUUGAAAUGUUUAAAAUUCCUAUGUCCGAAGGUCCUUAUUGAUUAUCAUCCACUGUGGUAGCAAAACCGGAAUUUUCCCUGCUAAUGUAAUGUGGAUGUUAUUUCUAAGUAACCUAUUAUAGGGUAUUAUAUCAAUUUUAACCGCAAUUUCAGGACCCCCUUAUUAAGUUAAAACCUUUAUUUGGGAAACCCCUUGAAUCCUUAGGGGUUGUUAAAAUUGCGUAAUCACUAAGGGGGAGGGGGUUUCUUACUGAUAUAGUGUGAUUUUAACAAUCUCUGUCUAACUGAGGGGGUUAAAAAGUGAUUUCGUAAUAAUAUGUAAACUACCCGCAAAUGUGUACCUCAUAUCUUGUGUUCCUACUAGCGUACAGCUUAACCCGCUUUAGUGUACAUCAGUCGAAAUAUAGAGGGCGACUAUUCUACCCAUCAUUCGACCUAUGUGUCCAAAUGCGGAUUAGCUGUUUUGUGCUAUCUGGUAUGUUUUUAGCCGAACGAUUUUUUUAUUUUCCUCCGAUCAUACGCCUAGAUUUUACCUUAGGUCAGUCUGAAGAUGCAACAUGCAACGACUAAUUUUGACUAACCGAGAUAUUAAUCUUACGAAAGUCAGAAUCUAAUUUGAAAUGGGAUUAGGCAGCUAGGUAGUCAAAAAUAGUCUUUGCGCUUUAUGCAUUAUGUAUAGUUUUUGAUUUUAUUGAAGUAACUAAGAAUAAACGUGAUAAUUAUUCAAUAAUGCUUUAUAGAAUCUUAUCAUGGUCAUGAAAAUGUUUUUCUAUCAUCAGCUCUUAAAUGUUCAUACAACUAACUAAUGGUCUCCGGAGGAAUUAUUCAUCUCAUGUGAAUUGGAUAUCACAUUUUUAAUAUUUCAUUUUUAUA